UUGGCAGUAGCGCCAGCUGGACUGCGCUUCGUCUGUAUGCUGUCGAUAAGCGUAUACGGCAAGCAUGGCGUUUACGGAUGUUAGGUGGCUGUGUUAUUUAGUUUUUCUAGUUAAUUUAAUAGUUCUUUCGUUAUCUAGUGUAGCAUUUAGGAGAUUCGAGUAUAAGUAUUCAUUUAAACCCCCUUACUUAGCUCAGAAAGAUGGCACUGUUCCGUUCUGGGAAUACGGCGGAGAUGCCAUUGCAAGUGCAGAAAAUGUUAGAAUAGCUCCAUCAUUAAGAAGUAAAAAAGGUGCAAUAUGGACCAAAGCAGCAACAGAUUUCGAUUGGUGGGAGGUGGAUAUUGUGUUCAGAAUUACUGGCAGAGGAAGAGUUGGUGCUGAUGGUUUGGCUUUCUGGUACACAACUCAAAAAGGCAACUAUGAUGGACCAGUUUUUGGAAGCUCAGACAACUGGGUUGGUUUAGGAGUCUUCUUCGAUUCAUUUGACAAUGACAACAAACACAAUAAUCCGUACAUUUUAGCAGUGGUAAAUGAUGGCUCUAAAUCGUUUGAUCACGCAAAUGAUGGUUCCACACAGCAUAUUGCUGGUUGUUUGAGGGAUUUCCGUAAUAAACCUUUCCCCACCAGAGCAAAAAUUGAAUACUACCAAAAUACUUUGCAGCUUUUAUUCCAUAGUGGAAACACGAACAAUGACCAAGAUUUUGAGAUUUGCUUUAGAAAGGAAGGCAUUUACCUUCCCAAGAAUGGCUUCUUCGGUUUGUCUGCUGCAACCGGUGGACUAGCAGAUGACCAUGAUGUUCUUCAUUUCUUGACAACAAGCUUGUAUCCACCUGGUGUGGCUCCAUCAGUACCGCAAGUUGCGGGCAAAGCACCUCAGCAGGCAGCUCAAGUCUCUCCUGAAGAGCAGCAGAAAUUGGCUGAUGAAUAUGCCGACUAUCAACGCAAACUAGAAUUACAGAAACAAGAAUAUCACCGAGAACAUCCAGAAGCCAAGACAAAAGAUCAUGAAGCAGAAUUCGAAGAGUGGUAUGAAUCUGAUCAAACAAGAGAGCUGAAACAAAUAUUCUCUGGACAGUCGCAGAUCAUAGAUUCUGUCCGAGUUCUUAGUCAAAAGCUAGAUGAAGUGAUAGGCCGACAAGAGAGGGCCAUCAGUUUACUGUCAGGUGUUCAUUCCAAUCUAGUCGCCGGUGGGGUACCCCCUCCUGUUCAUCAAGUCCCUCAUGGGGCAAUUCCAGCUGCUGCUAUUGGUGCCACCGGUGCCAUUCAAAGGCAUGAAGUGGAUGCCAUUAUUAACACCCAAAAUACUCUAUUAGCAUCAAGUAAAGAGCUCAGGAAUUACAUAGCAGAGUUACAUGUCAAGUCCGAUUCAAUUCUAUCAAAUCAAGCGCGACAACCAACAGCUCAAGUGCAAUCAGUCGGGUACGACAUGGCAUCCUUUGUAGCUGAAGUGAGGGAUGGUCUCAACUCAAUAAAACAAGAUGCUUCUAUUAAUGCUCAAAAACUUUCAACAGGCUGCCCCGCUCCUUCCUGUAUCUCAUUCACAAUGUUUUUAGUCGUAGCUGUUGUUCAGUGUCUUGUUCUCAUCUUGUAUCAUGUUUAUAGGGAUAGUCGAGAAGCACAUAAUAAGAAAUUUUUCUAAGUAAGUGUGAAAAUGUCUUCCUGUUGAUUAGUUGUUUUCUAUCCUUCUCUUUUUUUCAAGACCAGCAUAGUCUAUCCCUCUGUUUACAGAUCUUGAUGAAA